CCACGCUGUGCUUGGGAAAGCACCUCGUGCUGGAUUACGCUGAAGGGAAUAUCUGCCUCGGUCGAUUGAAGAAUAGUUUACUCCGUAGUUGUGAAGGCAAUGCUCUCCUCAGGAAGGACUCGCCAUGACGGAAGUCUUUGAGUUGAUACCCUCCAGGCAAGACAAUUUAUGUAAUUCCAAUGCAUGGGCCAUCACACUAGUUCGACCGUCGGUUCCAACCAAGGGACUAAAUCAUAUGGAUCAAAAGACCAACAGGUCGUUCCUAUGUUGCGUCCAUAAUUGGCCCCAUCGCCACAGGGCUUUUAUAUUUCGCCGACCCUCCUCAGCCCAACGGGUGUUGAGAGAUUCACGAUGACCGUCCCUCAGCUAAAUCCCGGGAGGUUUGAGGCUACAUGAUUAUGUCUGGCCUCCUCCUGUCUCUUCAGCUUUGAAUUCCCGACAAGUGUCGCGUCUGUUCUUCAGGGGCGGCCCUCCCCCGCCAUGAUUUCGCUGCUACAAUCUCCCGUGCGGCGGUACGGCCUGUUGGCUGUCUCGGCAAUCAUCCUCCUCGCCACAUUAUAUCGUCUCUAUUUCCACUCAAACCCCCUCCCCCAAGUUGUCCGGCCAAGCGGUAACAGCGCGGACAAUAGCAGCGCCAAGGAGAAAGAAACGGGAGCUGGGCGAUACGGUCAUGACGACCCGGGAGCUGUUCCACACCCGAUCGACGGCUUAAUCCGCAACGCAGAGCAAGAAUGGGACCGCCUCCUCACAAAGCAGGUAUACAACCUUACCGACGCAGCAGCACAAUAUCGAGAGCGCCGCGGUCGCCACCCACCCCCAGGGUUCGACAAAUGGGUGGAACUCGCGCAGCAAAAAGACGCGAUUCUCAUCGAAGACCUCUUCGAUCAGCUCUACGAUGACCUUAGUCCAUACUGGGCCCUGGACCCCAAGGUCAUGCAGAAACAGGCAUCGGAAUGGGAGCCGCGCAUCAUUGUGCGCAACCACACACUCAACUCCGCCGGCCGAACAGGCGUCAACUGGCUGGAGGUCUGGAUGGAUCUCGUCUCAACCAUCGCCGACUUUCUCCCGGACAUGGAUAUCCCUUUAAACGGCAUGGACGAACCCCGCAUUAUCAUUCCCUGGGAAAAGCUCUCGGGAUACCGCGAGAAGGACCGUGCAAGCCAGAAACUGCUCGACCCCGCCACCGCCGUCGACCAGUACAUGGCACUGCCCGCUUAUGACGAGGCGCAUCCGAACGAACCGUUCAAACCCCCUUUCGAUGGCCCCGACAAACCUUUCUGGGAGAUCAUGCGCGACGCAUGUCCCCCCGAAAGCCCGGGACGAAACAGCAACAUCCCUCACAUGGAUUUCGCGAACCCGCCGCCCGAGUUCUUCAAUUACCGCAACUUCUCAAAGACCGGGUAUAUCGAGGAUUUCGAGCGAUCCAAGGACCCAUGCUGGCGCGCAGAGCUACAAGCCCUCCACGGCAGUUUCAUCGAGCCGACAUCCACAUCUACCACGCACGAACUCGUCCCUCUAUUUGGCGGCUCGAAGCUAACAGUCAACAACGAGAUCCUUAUCCCACCAGCCGUAUACUGGGACGACGACCCACGGUACUCAGGCGGGUGGAAGAACCAAGGCGGCUCCUGGUCUGAUAAAAAGGACAUCGUAUACUGGCGCGGAAUCGCCAGUGGCGGACGUAAUCGCGUCGAUACCUGGACAGGCUACCAGCGCCACCGACUCGUCUCCAUGCUCAACGGGACAGAAGUGUCCUUGACAAACGGCUCCAAAUCAGCCGGUAUCAACUUCCGUCAACCGGACUACCAGUACUACAACAUCUGGGCUGGAUUAGACAGCACGUUGCCCGAGUAUCUGAACGAACACUGCGACCUCGGCUUCCUGGACUUAUGCUGCUUUCCCCGUGAAGACGGCAAGCACUGCUCAUACACCGACCCGCAUUACAAGAUCGUGGAAGGCAUGCCCAUGAAGAAAAUGUACCAGUUCAAGUAUCUACCUGACAUCGAUGGGAACUCGUUUAGUGGGCGUUAUCGCGCGUUCUUGUUGUCAACUUCUUUGCCCAUCAAGGCGACCGUAUAUAAGGAGUGGCAUGAUUCGAGGCUUAUUCCGUGGGCACAUUUCGUGCCCAUGGAUUCAUUGUAUAUGGAUAUCUAUGGCAUUAUUCAGUAUUUUAUUGGGUAUAAGGGACGGAAUGGCCAUGAUGGGCAGGCGGAGAAGAUCGCCUUGAAUGGGAAGAGCUGGGCCGAGAAGGUUCUCAGACAGGAGGAUAUGCAGCUUUAUGUCUAUCGGUUGCUCUUAGAGUAUGCCAGGCUGUGUGAUGAGAGGAGGGAUAGUUUGGCAUUUGUGGGUGAUUUAUUAUGAACAGAUCAUGAUGAAUGGUUAACUUUGUAAAAUAAAGCAAUAAAAUGCAUUGAGCUGCUAGAAA